CCUUCACCCUUAAUAGCAUGGUGUGAAAAUUACAUUUCAGCACACCAGUCCACUUAACUCACUUGCCUACAGUUUAUUACAGUUGGAGUUUAACUGGCAGGUACCCCAUUUCUGUACAGGAUAAGUAAUUUGUGAGCUGAGAACAAGACUGGAAUUCUGUCAGGGAAGUUAAAAUGGCCAGUCUCAAGAUAGUUUUAUUUUAGUCACAUUGUAAACUAAACUUUUAUAUGCUGUUUGACAGUUGUACUUCUAAUAUCCUUUAAUUGUAUAAACAUCUUCCUGUUAUUUAACACGACAGUUUAUGAUUGCACUUAGAGAAGCUAUCUUUUGCAGCAUUUGUUAAGCACUAAAAUGAUGUAUGCGCUUUCAUUGUUUGUAGUAUCUUGCACAUUGUUUCUUGGUUGGGUGCCCUCUUGUCAAGUAGCCGCUCAGUUUCCUAGGGCUUGCGCUACAGUGGAGGCAAUCUUGUCUAAAGAGUGUUGCCCCCCUUUGGGGCAGAACCCUGCAGAUAUCUGUGGUUCUGUCUCUGGCCGGGGUGAGUGCGCUGAUGUCCAGUUUGAUCAACGACCAUGGAGUGGACCCUACACUCUGCGUAAUGUUGAUGAUCGGGAGCGGUGGCCACUCAAGUUCUUCAACAGAACCUGCAGAUGCACAGGAAACUUUGCCGGCUUCAAUUGUGGGGACUGCAAAUUUGGGUGGAUGGGGUCUAACUGUGACCAAAAGAAAACAUCAGUUGUUCGGAAAGAUAUCCAUUCCUUGACUCCACAAGAACUGGAGCAAUUCUUGGAUGCACUUGAUCGUGCCAAAACAACUAUCCAUCCAGAUUAUGUCAUAGCAAAGCAGCACUGGCUUAGUUUGCUGGGACCGAAUGGAACUGAGCCUCAAGUUGCAGAUGUGUCUUACUACAACUUUUUUGUGUGGCUUCAUUACUACUCUGUUAGGGAUACGCUACUGGGACCAGGCAGGCCCUUUACGGCAAUAGAUUUUUCACAUCAAGGACCUGCAUUUCUGACAUGGCAUAGAUACCACCUGAUGCUGUUGGAGAGGGAUCUCCAGAGACUCACGGGUAAUGAUUCUUUUGCACUGCCCUACUGGAAUUUUGCAACUGGAAGAAAUGAAUGUGAUGUGUGUACAGAUUCUUUCUUUGGCAAUCAAAGUUCUGAUGAUCCCAGUCUAAUCAGCCCAAAUUCUAGAUUCUCACGCUGGGAAAUUGUGUGCAAUAGUUUGGAUGAUUAUAACAGGUUAGUUACCCUGUGUAAUGGAACCAAUGAAGGUCCAAUCAGGAGAAAUCCUAUAGAAACAUCCAACGUGCAGCUGCCAACUGUUGAAGAUUUGAGAAAUUGUUUGUCAGUUCGCCAGUUUGAUAGUGCUCCAUAUUUCAGAAACUCAACCUCAAGUUUCAGGAAUUUGCUUGAAGGGUUUGAAACAGUAGAACUGGGAAUGGAGCUCCCAGUGAUGAACCUUCACAACCUUGUGCAUGCUUUCCUGAAUGGGACCAGCGCAUUAGCUCACUCUGCAGCAAACGAUCCUAUUUUUGUGGUCCUGCAUAGCUUCACAGAUGCAGUUUUUAAUGAGUGGAUGAAACGAUUCAGUCCCUCUGUUGCCACAUGGCCUGUGGAGCUGGCCCCUAUUGGUCAUAACAGAGACUACAAUAUGGUUCCAUUCUUCCCUCCGGUGACUAAUGAGGAGCUCUUUGUACCAAGUGAAGAUCUCGGUUAUGCUUAUUCAGUGGAAUUGCCAGACUCAAAUGAGGUUACUGCUGUAGCUGUCAUCGUUGGAUCAGCAGUUGGUGGAGUUGUUUUGGGACUUUUUCUGGUGAUACUACUUGUUUUGCUUCUUUUACGUCAUAGGCAGAGAAGAGGAUUCGAACCUUUAUUGGAAGCAAAGUAUUCAAGCAAAAAGUACACUGAAGAAGCUUAGAUUGUGUUAAUUGUGACGGUGCUUGUUUUUUCAUCGAGAAGCACUGAAGUUUGCAUUAAGCAACUCUAGUUUAGUAUUUUAGAAAUGUUAACAAUUGCAUAUGGUUAUUUAUGAAGUUUGAUUUUUUGCUUAUGAUGUUACUAGUCUUUUACUAAAAUAACAUUUCUGCAGUGGUUCAUUAUUCAGUUUACCCCUAUGGAAAUUGUAAAGACCUGUUGCAGUCAAAUGUAUUACAGGUAUUUUGAUUUCUGGGCUUAAAAUUACAUGUCUUCAACACAUGUGAAGUCUUACAGAAGACUCAUGGAGACUGGAAUCAUUUCCGAUAUAUAGCCCGGAGAAACUAAUGCUCUUAAGAAGAAUCACAUUUGCCGACCAGGCAGUCUAUCCCAAACCUAAGCUUCCUGGGGACUAUGAGAGGUCUGAGCAGGGGAUGGACUUGAAAACAGACACACAUAAAAACUAUUUUGGUCUCUGGAAGAAUAUUAUACUUGAUAGCUGGGUAGUUGCAGUCCUCCUUUUAGAUAACAUAGGUAUCUUCUACUGAUAAUUGAUUUGCUAACACUGUAAAUUCUAUUAUUUUAAGGUAGCACAACAGUUUAUAGAAGGUUUAUGCAUGCCAGUAAUUCAUUGCAUUCUUUUGUGUGGUUUAGCUGAUGUCAGGCUCUGCAUUUGGCAACAGCUGAAGCCGCACAAAAUGCCGACACGACCACUGUGAAUUGCUGAAAAUGUGUGCUGGUGUAUUGCGAACGUUGGUUGCUGAGCAGGGGUCUUUGCUGUUCAACCAUGAUUCAUCUGUGAUGCAGUACACAUUCUGAAGAUUUGUGAACAGCAUUUAUAAAUGAAUACAUGUGAAAUUAGAUUAAGGAAGCUGAAAUGUCUGCAAGGAGAUUAAAGCCAUGGCUUUGGCCUGCAGUACCAUCACAUUCAUUGUUUGAAAGAGUAGGAAAUCUACAAGAAUUGGUAUUGAAGACUGGAUGGCAUUCCAUAAAGUUGGAGGAACAUAAAAUGAGUAAUGAGGAAUAAGAUAUUCAUAUGAUUAAAUUAUUUAGAAAUUAAACUGGCUGAAAGGAGCAGAAGCCUCACGAGUUGGAACACCAUUUGCCAAACAAAGUAAAGCACAAAUUGUUACAGAGGACUGGUUACUGUUUAUUGCAACCAUAAGCAAUUGCAUUUUUAAAUAGUAUCACAUUGUUUAUCUGUAACCUAUUGGUAUGAAUCUAGCAGCAAUAAAAAUGUCAUCAUCAGGCAAAAUGCAUUGUUGUGGCUUUUGGCAUGUAAUCUGAUGAAAAACAAUAAAGGUUAUAGUUACUAAGACCAAUAUUACAUCUCCAUAUGUAUGCUUAAUAA